AUGGCUACUCACGUCGUCACCGCAACCACCACCUCCCCCGUCACAUCCGCCCACCAAAUCUCCAUCUACGGCCAUCCUUCGCCCGUCAACUCGGCCACCACUACCGCUAAUAACUCUCCUACCUCGCCUCGUCAGCAAUAUCUUCCCCUUCACACUCGCCAGCUGCGCCCGCCCAAAGCUCCCCUCUAUGUGCCGGCUGCGCUGCGUCCGACUGAGCGUCCCUCGAAGCCGUCUCCUCCAACUCCCCCUCGCAGCGUCCACGGUUCCCUGGACAGCCUGAGCGAGACUGAGGUGCAUCAGCCCAUCAGCCGUCGUUCCACUAUCGAGAGCGAUGGUAGCGGAAGCAUCAGCAAGAUGGCUGAGGAUGAGUGGAUGAAGAAGGAACACCUCGGCGAGGUUACCGGCAUGCCGACUCGCGACCACUGGAAAGCGGACUCUGCGUCUCCCAACUGCGACUCCCCUACCUGCCGGUCUUCUUUCGGCCUCUUCUUGCGCCGUCAUCACUGCCGCCACUGUGGCCACGUCUUCUGCUCCUCUCACACCCCUCACAACGUCCCUCUCGACCAGGAUGCUCGCUUCCAUCCUGAGGGCGUCCAGUCGCGUGCUUGCGACCUCUGCCACGUUGCCUACCAGCGCUGGGAGGAGUCUCGUUCGGAGCGCUUGACCAAGAUCCAGAGCCAGAUCGAUAUCCAGAACGAGCCCAUUCAGACUCCUGUUGAAGAGACCCCGGCUGAGCCCGUUGACCCUUUGCAGGAUGAGGACUCCAAGAAAGCUCUCGCUGCUGCGCUGAGCCAAACCGGUGACAUUGCGGCCAGCAUUCCUCGCGGCUGGAACUGGAGCACCUUCUAA